AUGCAUUUUACCAAGCUUGCCUUGAUUGCCCUGGGUGGUCUGUCCCUCGCUCACCCUGGCGUCCACGAGCCGAACUCAUACUCGGCCAUGUCGAAGCGACAUUAUUUACAGAAUGCCCGCCGAAGCUUAGAUAGCUGUGCGGACCACCUUGAGAAACGUGGUAUUAACGAGCGAGCUCGAGCUCGGCGUGCCGCGAUUAUGCAGUCGAACCAAAAGCGUGGAAUUAUCUCCCGUGAUACCGAGAAGACCGUUAACACUUCGCACCAUUCUUCGCUUGAUGUGACCCCCAAUACUGCCGAAUCUGAGCUCUUCUCCAACAACCCGGUCUGCAUUCUGGCUCCCGAGGGAGAAGUUGGGCCCUUCUGGGUCAAAGGCGAGCUUCUUCGCAGUGAUGUGCGUGACGGCGAGCCCGGUAUCCCUCUCAUCCUGGAUGGGCAAUUCAUCGAUAUCAACACCUGUGAGCCUAUCCAGGACCUGUAUUGGGAUGUUUGGAACUGCAACUCUACUGGUGUCUACUCGGGCGUCCAGAGCAGCAUGAACGGCAACGGCAACGACGCGUCCAACCUCGACAAGACCUUCUUGCGUGGAAUUCAGAAGACCGAUUCAGACGGCGUUGCACAGUUCAAGACCCUUUUCCCUGGUCAUUACUCCGGUCGUGCAACCCAUGUUCAUGUCAUUGCCCACGUGAAUGCUCAUGUCCUUCCGAACAAUACUAUCACUGGCGGCCAUAUCUCUCACGUUGGCCAGCUCUUUUUCGAUCAGGACCUCAUUAGUGUUGUCGAGGCUACCUAUCCUUAUAACACUAACGACGUUGCAAUCACCAAGAAUAUUAAUGAUCACGUUGUCAAGGUUGAGACUGCCGACUCGACUUCUGAUCCCUUCUUUGAAUACGCCUACCUUGGAGACUCUAUUGAAGAUGGUAUCUUCGGCUGGAUCACUCUUGGUGUGAACGUGUCCGCAAGCCAUGAUUCGGAUGCUUCUUAUGCCGCUUACCUGACCUCGAAGGGUGGUGUCAGCACUUGA